AGUUGUGAGACAGUGACUAAGUUCUUUUUUAUUGCCAUUAAUAGCAUAUUAUAUCAACGUGGGAUAUAUCCAGAAACCGACUUUGUUCAGAUUCAAAAAUACGGGGUCAAGGUCGUUAUUACUAGUAACCCACUUCUUAAUGAUUAUUUAGAAAAAUGGAUUAAAUAUUUUGAAGACUGGAUGCAGCAUCAUAGCGUACAGAAACUAGUAGUUGUUAUAAUGGAUGCCGAAACAAAGGAAGUUAAAGAGAGAUGGCAGUUUGAUAUAGAGUGUGAUAAAACAGUUAAAGAUGGAGAUUUUAAAGAAGUUAACUUGAAGGAAUUGCACGCUCUUAUUGCUGGAAUUCUGAGGCAAAUAACAGCGAGCGUCUCUUUUUUGCCGCUAUUGCAGGCACCAUGCAUUUUUGAACUGCUGGUGUACACUGAUAAAGAUAUGGAAACCCCCGAGGAUUGGGGUAUCUCCGAUCCUUUGCUUAUACCAAAAGCAGAGACUGUAAAUUUAAGAGCUUUUAAUACAAAUAUUCAUAAAGUUGAUCCGAAAGUUUCUUAUAAGUAUAUUGAAAAAAGUUAA